AUGGAAGCUGAACAAAAAAUCGAUCAAACAGAACUCGUUAGUGGAAUUUUACAAGGACCAACAUUCACUCAAAUGAUAUCUGUGAAUGAAAACGAAACUAUCGACCAACAUACCAAUAUUAUCAUCGAACCUGCAUCUUCGCAUACGAUCAUUGAAACUGGUAUAACACAUUCUACAAUGAAAAGUGACAGUCAACGGCUACGUUGGAAUCUUUUAUUUAAUCUUCUCAUAUGGCUCGUUGUUCUACUCCCAUUUUGGAUUCCAUUUCUUUCGAACCAAGUUGCUUUCUAUAUGAUAUCAUCGAUUCAAGUUAUUGCAAUAUUGGCCGUGAAAAAUGUCAUCAUUUUGUAUGUGAAUCGCUCGCAUAAUUAUACAGAAAAUAUUGCUAGUCUUGAGAAAACACAAAUUCGUCAUAUUGUUGCUAUUAGUUGUUACAAAGAACCACUCGAAUUAAUUGCAACAAGUGUUCAAUCAGUGGCUAAUCAGACUGAAGUACAUCGAAUAAGCAUGGUGAUCUCCUUCGAAGAGAAAACACCCGAUAAAGACGAGAAAUGUCAAUGCUUAUAUAAUAGAUUCAAAGAUGCUGGAUUUGAGAGAAUCAUAUUUACUAUUCAUCCAUUUGGUUUACCAAAUGAAAUUCCAGGCAAAUGUUCGAAUUCAAAUUACGGUCUUCGAAUGGCUGUUAGUCACAUGAAUGUUGCUGAUGAUGAUAUGGACAAUAUUCUUGUGACAACAUGUGAUACUGAUACAAAAUUGCCACCAAAUUAUAUUGCAGCAUUGACUUUGAAAUAUUUACAAGCGAAUAAAGCAGCAUUAACUACGAUUUAUCAAUCGCCUUUAUUUUACAAUUGGAAAUUGGAUAGUCUAUCAUUUGUGACUCGUGUCACAGGACUUUUGCGAAGUUUAUUAAUGCUUGGCGCCCUUAUUCCAUUCAACAUUAAUACGUUGAAUACUUUUUCGUAUUCACUCAGCCUAGCAAAAAAAGGCAAUUUUAUUCAUCCGGGCUAUCAAAUGGACGAUAUGAUUUGUCUUAUUCGAUGGAUGGAUAUAACACAGCAACGUCUUCGAAUCUCAAUGAUUCCUGUACCAGUCAUCAGUAGACCGACAUCAGGUGAAACCAUAGAAACCGAAAUCAUAGAAUGGGCAAGACAAGCACGUCGUUGGACCAUUGGAGCUGCAGAAGUCUUUCAUUACUUUAUCAUCAAAGCGAAACGUAUGCCAAAAAUGGCAGCUUUCUCUUGGGGUUUCGUUUUCACUACCUAUUAUGGAGUUCUACUGUGCACAGCUGGCUUGUUUGGUUUAACAUCUAUCCUAUCUAUGAUUCUACUCAUCAAACAUGUUCCACUAGUGAUUACUUAUGUUAUGUAUGGCUUCUUGGUUGCACAAAUGUUAACGUUUUUGGUUGCAUUCAUUAUUGAUGCAUUCAUUGUUCAAUUGAUGAAUGUUAAUCAACGUAUUUUUAUUCUUCGCAAUGCAUUUCAUUUCAUAUCAACACCAUUUGUACUCUUAGCUUAUUCACUGGUAGAACUCUAUGCAUUACAUGAAGUGGUUAUAUUCGGCAGGAAAGUCUGUAAACAUGGAGCAUCAUCAAAGACUUCCUUAGGCAUGACAUGGUAA